AGAAGAUUUGAUUUUUGCUCCAGAGAUUACUGAACAUGUCUAUUUGGUGCUUUACUGUUGAAUUUCACAAAUUGCGACCCUUGGACUCAAUUAGUUUUGUAUUUUCCAGGAAAUGCAACAAAGUGACAAAAUCAAAUAAUUUAUGACCAACCAAAAAAAGGCUCUGGUUAUAAGCUUCACCGUCUGCCAUGAAAUUUUGAACUGAUGUCCCAAAACAUCAGCCUGGCAUUACGAAAGCAGUAACAGGACAGUAACCAUUAUGAGUCCUCCCAUCCGAGCUCGGAGGUCACUCCUUCCCAACAAAGGUUCAUCUUGACUUUGCUGAGUCUUCACGAUUCUUCUGACUCCGCCCAGAGGUCCGUUUCGUUGGCAUGCCCGUGAAUAGUCACAGAGAGAGGAAAAAAGCACAUUCCUGUAAACUGUUUAAUAAACGCCAGUGACCGACGUAAUUUAAACUUUAAAUGGAAAAUAAAUGAAGUGAUAAAAGAUUGAUACAGGCCGAAAGGGCCGCGACCCCGAAACCGAGGAGGGGGCGGGGCCGGGGCCGGGUUGGACCUGGAGCCGGCUGGUUGCCCUGGGAACGAGAGCGAGUGACAACCGGAAAUCCAAGUGCUGUUCAGAUUACACUUGUCAAUAGAGAAUGGCAACACGACGAGCAUUAAAGGCUGUUCUAAUAGAUCUCAGUGGAACAUUGCAUAUUGAAGAUACAGCCAUAUCUGGUGCACAGGAAGCACUGCAGAAGUUGCGCAGUGCCCCUGUAGCUGUGAAGUUUGUGACUAACACCACCAAGGAGUGUAAACGAACACUGUGUGAACGACUGCAGAAGCUCAACUUUGACAUCCAUGAGGACGAGAUCUUCACAUCCCUGACAGCAGCCAGAAAUCUUGUUGAGCAAGAGCAAGUCAGGCCGUUACUUUUGGUGGAUGAUAGUGCACUUGAAGACUUUGAAGGAAUAGACACAAGUGGUCCUAAUGCUGUGGUUGUUGGAUUAGCUCCUCAGCACUUUAAUUACAACACAUUGAACAAGGCAUUCAGGUUAAUUUUAGAUGGUGCCCCACUAAUUGCUAUACAUAAGGCAAGGUACUACAAAAAACUGGAUGGCUUAUCACUUGGACCAGGACCUUUUAUUACUGGGCUGGAAUAUGCAACAGAUGUCAAGGCCACAGUAGUAGGAAAGCCAGAGAAACCAUUCUUCGUUGAGGCUCUCCGAAGCAUUGGAUGCCAACCAGAAGAGGCGGUUAUGAUUGGUGAUGAUGCUAGGGAUGAUGUUGGUGGAGCACAAAAUGCUGGGAUGUUGGGGAUUUUGGUAAAAACUGGAAAAUACCAACCUGGAGAUGGAGGAAAAAUAAACCCUCCUCCAUAUUUGAUAUGCGAUGCUUUUCCACAGGCUGUUGACCACAUUCUAAAGAAACUACUGUAAAAACUCAUAAUAUGGAUACAUCUUGGGCAUGUACUACUAAAGAUCACCAAACAACUUCAGGUCAUUGUCAAAAGACAGAAUUUCAAAAUUUCAUGGUUUGAAAUUCUGUCAAACACGAAGCAAAGUACACAGAAUUUUGCACAGUUACGUUUGUGAAGGAUCAAACUGAUGUGUAGUGGUAUUUCAAUACCUAUGGUCCUGGAAAAAUGUCGAAAUAGUUUUAGAAGAAGGCUGUUAUUUAGCUAAGAACCACGAGCCUAAUCUUCUCAUUGGAACAAGUGUCUAUUACCUAAAUGCAUCUGGUAUGCUUGACUGUUUCCAAAGCUUAUAACUACAUCUCUAACCCAGUGCUCACUUGUCUUUGUAAUGUCUGCUUAAUCUGAAAUAUAUGGUCCCCUGUAGGACAUCUGAGGUUGCAGAGCCAUAAUUUAUCUAUUAAUAGUACAGACCAAUCUCUUCACUUUCCUCUGGGCUGUUAAACAUGUACCUGUAUGUCUUAGCAACUAAAGUCUUUCAAAGAUCUUUGACAUACAUUCAAAUAAUACCUUUGUAAAUAGACUCCAAAUGACUCUCUGAUGAUACCUGGUAUUUUAUUCACUUAUUUACAGGUACACAUUUUUUGAACAAAGUUAUAUCAAGUCAUCGAACAUACCAGGUUCUCUUCAGCUUUCCCUUGUUUCUGUUUCAAUAAAAACCAAAAGAACUGCGGAUGCUGUAAAUCAGGAACAAAAACAAAGUUGCUGGAAAAGCUCAGCAGGUCUGGCAGCAUCUGUGGAGGAGAAAACAGAGUUAAUGUUUCGGGUCCGGUGACCCUUCCUCAGAACUGAAAUGCCUCUGGCAUAGAGUUUAGGGGCAUUUCCACUGUGCCACAAGGGCCUGAGAGGAAGUGGCAUUUAAAUGUUCUGAGGAAGGGUCACCGGACCCGAAACAUUAAUUCUGUUUUCUCCUCCACAGAUGCUGCCAGACCUGCUGAGCUUUUCCAGCAACUUUGUUUUUGUUCAUUGUUUCAAGCUUGCAAUGUUUAUGUCUACUAAUUUUACUUUCAAUAUGCAAGUACAGAAGCUUGCAUUUAUUUGUAUUGCACCAUUUGCUAAUGAAGCUGAUAGAUAUUCUCUCAAUUUUCUGUAAUAUCUUGCUUACUUUCUCACUGCUGCAAAUUUUGAGACAGAUACAAACUAAAUAUUGCAAUGAGUCCAACCAUUUAUUUAGAUUAGAAAUGAGUGUCAGCAGGGCACCCUUACACACCCCAUUCAAUUACCAGCCCAUUUUGACUUGACGAGCCACUGUCCAUAAUAAACUACUUGCUGAGUUCAGACUGACAAAUCUGUAAUUUCCAGAUCUGGUUGUGUCAUCUUUUUGGAAAAUGGAAACUGGUCUAGAAAUUCUGCUUUGGCAAAUUCCGACAGUCACACCAGAAUUGUAGCUGUUAUGAUUCUCUACUAAUGAUCUUGCCAAAAUUUAAAAGGUUCUUGGAACUGGCAUUGGUUGGUUGGCACAAUUGCUUUCCUGAUUCCAAUCCUAUUUUGGUUGGAAGUUUGAACACUUAAAGCAGUGUACAAUAUGCCAGUCUUUUGUUUGUAAUCAAAUUGUCCAUGUAUUAAAUUUAGUGUGCCUUCAUUCAUUUUCCAAAGUUUGCGUUCUAGGAACCCUGAAUAAAAGGAGGACACAUUUCCAAUCUAUUCAGAGAUGUUAUGACACACCUCUGGAGCAGGUGCGACUUGACCCAAGCCUCUGGCAUAGAGUUAGAGGCAUUUCUACUGUGCCACAAGGGCCUGAGAGGAAGUGACAUUUAAAUGUUUAAAUCCAGAACACCUGGAGGCAUUUGAUUUGAAUGGAGAUCGGUUGUAAACUUUGAAUUGGGGGUUAUUAAGCAUAAGAAAAUUCCAUGUCUAACGACUGGUGAGGACCCACACUUCAGCAAAUCUUGAUCCUUUUCACACCCAUUCCUCAAUUCCAAAGAGAUUUCUCAGAGGCCAGAGUAUCUGCCAAGAUUGUACAAAUAUCUGAGUCACAAACUAGGCAGAACAAAGGUAGGAUCUUUAUGGUAGCUGGCAGUUGCCCAUUGUGCUUCAAAUCUGCUAAAGAAGAAACUCUAGACUCCCAUUUAACUGGUGUAUAAUGUGAUGAAUUUACAUGUACCAUUUGUUCACCCGAAAAUUUUGUUUUAAAUUAUAGUCUUUCUUAGCAUUGUGGUAACUAACAAUCUUAUUGUUCAGUUUUGUGAAAUAUUUUAGAUGUAUGCGUAUAACUUCAGAUUUUAAAAUGGUAAAAAAAUUUAUGAAUGCUUUUUUCCAAGGCACGUUGGUACUUUAUUCAGUUUGCCUCAUCUUUAAUGUUGUGGUACUGUAUUUUUUUCAAGUGAGCAGAAUGUUAAUAGAUGUAAGUUUAAUAAGUACUAAACAAACUCCAUGGGAUAGAAAUUGGUGAAGGCAGACAUGAACUAGUUACAGGGAACAAUCCACACACUAAAAUAAAUUGACCCUUAACCCAGCCACUAUCCUUGUUUGCUAUCACCUGCCUGUAAUGCUCACAAAA